AUGAUGCCCCAAAAGGGAGCAGUGACAUCGUUAGCAUUUUCAGCUAGUAAACAAUUGUACAAGAUCAAAACACAUCAUUCGGCUAUAUCUAUAGAUACCUUUGCACGACUCACUCGCCAUGUGCUAGAAACAUCGUAUUUUGCAUUAGAUGGCAAAUAUUAUAAACAAAUAAAAGGAGGAGCAAUGGGUAGUGCAGUAACACAGGUAUUAGCAGAUAUAUACAUGUACGAAUGGGAAAAAGAUUUUCUUGCGAUACAGACAACAGAAAAACAAUUAUACUUACGAUUUCGAGACGACGUAUUUUUGACAACAGAAUUAUCGCACGACCAGAUUGAACAGAGACUACUGUUUUACAACGAUAAAGACACAAACAUAAAAUUGACGUACGAAAUAGGCAACACAGCAAAUUAUUUGGACGUAACCAUUCUUAAACGCACACCACGACCACGCACAACCAUAUGUUCUACCAUUUGA